CCAGCCUGGCCCCGCCGAGGGCGCAGCUCCAGCCGGGGGAGCGGCCGGGCCCGGGGUCCCCAGGGAGGGGCCUGGCCUGGGGAGCUGGUCACCCAAGACCAGGCUGCUCUUCCCCGACCCCUGUGUGCCCGCAGCCCCCGCCAGCUCCAGCCGCCGCCUUUCGCUCCCAGGGGUGGCCCCCCUCUCUGCCUGCAGGAGGCCGCCAUGGGCUUCUCCUCUGAGCUGUGCAGCGCCCAGGGCCACGGGGCCGUGCAGCUGAUGCAGGACAGCGAGCUGCGCUUUCUGGAGGGCAUGAGGAAGUGGAUGGCCCAGAGGGUGAAGAGCGACCGGGAGUACGCGGGGCUGCUGCAGCACCUGUGCCUGCAGGAUGGCGGCGGCCAGGGCCGGGGCGGCGCCCCCGCCAGCCCCAUCGGCCAGUCCUGGGCCGAGAUCACGAGCCAGACGGAGAGCCUGAGCCGGCUGCUGAGGCAGCAUGCCGAGGACCUGAACGCAGGGCCCCUGAGCAAGCUGAGCCUGCUGAUCCGCGAGCGGCAGCAGCUGCGCAGGGCCUACAGCGAGCAGUGGCAGCAGCUGCAGCAAGCACUGACCAAGACCCACAGCCAGGACAUCGAGAAGCUGAAAAACCAGUACCGAUCCCUGGCGCGGGACAGUGCCCAGGCCAAGCGCAAGUACCAGGAGGCAAGCAAAGCAGACAAGGACCGGGACAAGGCCAAGGACAAGUACGUGCGCUGCUUGUGGAAGCUGUUUGCCCACCACAAUCGCUACGUGCUGGGGGUUCGGGCUGCGCAGCUGCACCACCAGCACCACCACCAGCUCAUGCUGCCCGGCCUCCUGCAGUCGCUGCAGGACUUGCAUGAGGAGAUGGCCCGCGUCCUGAAGGAGAUCGUGCAGGAGUAUCUGGAGAUCAGCAGUCUGGUGCAGGACGAGGUGGUGGCCAUCCAUCAGGAGAUGGCCGCGGCCGCCGCCCGCAUCCAGCCGGAGGCUGAGUACCAAGGCUUCCUGCGGCAGCACGGCUCGGCCCCGGAAGUCCCCCCCUGCGUCACGUUUGACGAGUCGUUGCUGGAGGAGGGUGAGCCGCUGGAGCCCGGGGAGCUGCAGCUGAACGAGCUGACAGUGGAGAGCGUGCAGCACACGCUGACCUCGGUGGCUGAGGACCUGGCCGUGGCCACCGAGACGGUGCUGGGCCGGCGGGAUGCAGUCAGCAGGCUGCGGCGGGAGCUCCAGGAUGAGGAGCAGAGCACGCACCCCCGCGAGCGGGUGCAGCUGCUGGGCAAGAAGCAGGCGCUGGGGGAGGCCCUGCAGGCCCUGCAGGUGGCGCUGUGCAACCAGGCCAAGCUGCAGGCCCAGCGAGACCUGCUGCAGAGCAAGCUGGACCAGCUGGGCUCGGGCGAGGCCCCCGCCGUGCUGGUCCUGCAGGAGGACCGCCAGUCCACCUCGUCCUCGGAGCAGGAGCGGGAAGGGGGGCGGACGCCCACGCUCGAGCUCCUUAAGAGCCACUUCUCUGGAAUCUUCCGCCCCAAGUUCUCGCUCCCGCCCCCAGUGCAGCUGGUCCCUGAGGUACAGAAGCCGCUGCAGGAGCAGCUGUGGUACCACGGGGCCCUGCCUCGGGCAGAGGUGGCCGAGCUGCUGGUGCAGUCCGGGGACUUCCUGGUGCGGGAGAGCCAGGGCAAGCAGGAGUUCGUGCUGUCCGUGCUGUGGGAUGGCCUGCCCCGCCACUUCAUCAUCCAGUGCUCUGAUGGCCUGUACCGGCUGGAAGGGGACGGCUUUCCCAGCAUCCCCCUGCUCGUCGACCACCUGCUGUGCUCGCAGCAGCCCCUCACCAAGAAGAGCGGCGUGGUGCUGUCCCGGGCGGUGCCCAAGGACAAGUGGGUGCUGAACCAUGAGGACCUGGUGCUGGGCGAGCAGAUCGGGCGGGGGAACUUUGGCGAAGUGUUCAGUGGACGUCUGCGUGCGGACAACACGCUGGUGGCGGUGAAGUCCUGCCGGGAGACGCUUCCGCCCGACCUGAAGGCCAAGUUCCUGCAGGAAGCCAGCGGCACCCCCAGGAUCCUGAAGCAGUACAGCCACCCCAACAUCGUGCGUCUUGUCGGCGUCUGCACACAGAAGCAGCCCAUUUACAUCGUUAUGGAGCUGGUGCAGGGUGGCGACUUCCUGACCUUCCUGCGGACGGAGGGUGCCCGGCUGCGCGUGAAGGCCCUGCUGCAAAUGGCCGGGGACGCGGCGGCUGGCAUGGAGUACCUGGAGAGCAAGUGCUGCAUCCACCGGGACCUGGCUGCUCGGAACUGUCUGGUGACUGAGAAGAACGUUCUGAAGAUCAGCGACUUUGGCAUGUCCCGCGAGGAGGCGGACGGCAUCUAUGCCGCCUCGGGGGGCCUCAGACAAGUCCCCGUGAAGUGGACCGCACCCGAGGCCCUUAACUAUGGCCGCUACUCCUCCGAGAGCGACGUGUGGAGCUUCGGCAUCUUGCUGUGGGAGACGUUCAGCCUGGGCGCCUCCCCGUACCCCAACCUCAGCAACCAGGAAACGCGGGAGUUUGUGGAGAAGGGGGGCCGCCUGCGCUGCCCGGAGCUGUGUCCCGACGCCGUGUUCAGGCUCAUGGAGCAGUGCUGGGCGUACGAGCCGGGGCAGCGGCCUGGCUUCAGCGCCAUCUACCAGGAGCUGCAGUGCAUCCGCAGGAGGCACCGCUGAGACUGGCCCCGCAUCCAGCCUGGG